AUGGCGACUCCAGCCCGUACCCAGCCGCCGUGGAAGGAGCCAAAGGCAUCGAGUGCAGCCAAAUUGAAAGUCUGGAACUCUUUGACCAGGACCAAGAACGACUUCAUUCCCAUCGAUCCCGAAGGCAAGGAGGUGAAAUGGUACAGCUGCGGUCCGACCGUUUACGACGAUGCUCAUUUGGGCCAUGCUCGCAACUACGUCACCAACGAUAUCUUACGAAGGAUUCUCGCCCACUACUAUGGGUACAAUGUUAAAUUUGUACAAAACAUUACAGAUGUCGAUGAUAAGAUCAUUUUGCGGGGGCGCCAGCAACAUUUACUUGCCAAGUUCAAAGCCGAGAACCCAUCCGUCACACGGGAAGUGAUUGAUACCACCAUCAAGGCCUUUGACGCCUAUAUAAAAAAGAAUCUACCAUUGCUCAGUCAGGAUGUCAACAUUGACACUUUCAACAACGACUCUGCGGAUAAGUAUGCCAACGUUAUCCAAGGCAAGUCCAUCGAUGGCGUGGGCCCACCCGGUGAUAAGGAGGCAAAGAUCAAGAUGCAUCUCCGAACAGCCAGCACUGCAGUAACAUCACUGUUAGCGCCAUCAAAGUCCACACCAGAAGAUGUGGAUGUCUUCUACGCUGGCGCCGAGGACGUUUUAUUGCCGUAUCUUGACUCGCUAUAUGGCUCAACCAUCGACGCAAGUGACCAUUCAGUGUUUACUACUCUAACCAAAAAGUAUGAGGCGCGCUUCAACGAGGAUAUGCAGAAUCUCAAUGUACUGGAACCGGAUGUUGUCACUCGCGUAACUGAGUACGGCAAUGAGAUUGUAUCGUUCGUAGAUAAGAUCAUCAAAAACGGAAUGGCCUACAGCACAUCGGACGGAUCUGUGUACUUCGACAUCGAAAACUUUGAGAAGGAGGGAAAUCACUACGCGCGCCUGGAGCCAUGGAACAGAGGAGACACAAACCUUCAAGCAGAUGGCGAAGGCGCUUUGUCGUCAGUCAAAACAUCAGAGAAGCGCAACGAUUCCGAUUUUGCGCUCUGGAAGUCGAGUAAGCCUGGUGAGCCGGCAUGGAACAGUCCGUGGGGCCCUGGUCGACCGGGCUGGCACAUUGAGUGCUCCGUCAUGGCCUCAGCCGUGUUGGGCGAACAGAUGGAUAUUCACAGUGGCGGUAUCGAUCUCUGCUUCCCCCAUCACGACAACGAGUUGGCACAAUCAGAGGCGUAUUGGCAAAAAGAUGGCGGUGCGCAGUGGGUCAACUACUUCCUCCACAUGGGACAUUUGUCCAUUUCGGGCUCCAAGAUGUCCAAGAGCUUGAAGAACUUCACAACGAUCCGUGAAGCGUUGAGCCGCGGGGAUUGGAACGCUCGCAGUUUGCGGAUCAUCUUCUUACUUGGCGGUUGGCAUGAUGGCAUUGAGAUUACCCCAGAUAUGCGAAAGUCGGGCUCUUCAUGGGAGAGCUACGUUACCAACUUCUUUUACAAGGUCCGCGAUCUCGAAGUACAUCCAAACAUCACCUCCACAGCCACAGAGGACGAAAAGGUUCUGAAGUCGUUCGAGUCAGCAAAGGAGAAGGUACAUAACGCAUUAGCCGACUCUUUCGAUACACCUACGGCUAUGCGUGCCAUAUCCAGUCUCAUCACGGACUACAACUCUGCAGACAAGGCUGGGCUAUCCGACUCUGUCUCUUUCGACGUCGCCCGUUACAUCACCCGCAUGGUCCGGAUAUUCGGCCUCGAUGGUAAAGCCGAUCCAUACGACGGAGGCAUUGGCUGGGCUGGCAUCGACAUACCUUCAGCAGCCAAGGAGCACGUUUACGCCGUAUCAAGGGAGCGUGACGAAGUACGUCAACACGCCAUCGCCGGGGACCUUUCGGAAGACGUACUUGAUUCCAUCAUUUCCCAGCACAACGCCGCAAAGCGACAAGACAUGGAUGCCCUACCCUACGCAGAAGUCCUCACGACCUUCCAACAAAACCUCAAGACCCUUGCCAGCAAGAAGGCGCCCGCAAAAGAUUAUCUUGACCUCUGCGACCAACUCCGCGACACCCAUCUCUGGGACCUCGGCAUCUACCUCGAGGACCGCGAGAACGCCCCAGCCAUGGUCCGCCCCGUCGACGCCGAGCUGCAAGCCGCUCGUGAUCAAAAAGAGGCUAUUGCCCGUCAGAAAGCCGAGGCUAAGCUGAAGCGCGAGCAGGAGGAGGCGGAGAAGAAGGCUAAGCUUGCGGAACAGGCGAAGAUCAAUCCAAAGGAUAUGUUUAAGACGGAGGAGUAUAGCGCGUGGGAUGAUGAGGGUUUGCCGACAAAGGAUAAGGAGGGCGCUGAUUUGCCCAAGGCGCGGUCGAAGAAGUUGAAGAAGGAGUGGGAGAAGCAGAAGAAGCUUUUUGAGGAGCAUUUGAAGGCGUAGAGUGGGUUGGACAGAAUGUAGUAGACGGAUGGGGAUCCACGUUCGCCGCACAUUAGUGAUAGCAACAAUAAAUAAACACGCAUCAAAAAUCGCAUCACCACAGA